GAAGAUCAGUGCAACAUAUGUGGGGUUGAAUAAUUAAGUAAGCGGAUUGAUUUAUCGUUAAGACGAUAAAUAACAUAUGGACAUAUUACAUUAACCCACGCAUAAUACAGGAUUCCUAGCUAAUGAGGAACUCUUUUUCAGGAUAUUUAAGUACGCCAGACAUAAUCUGUUGAGGAUAUGGAAUCGUCACAGUGUCGCCGGUGUCUGAACUCCUGUGCAAAAUCAGGGACCCAGAUGAGGCCGCUGUUUAUAAUAACGAUAACUGCGGUGGUUUUUUAUCUAUUGUUGUACCACUUCUAUUUCAUCAAUCGAAGAACAUUCAUCACAGAAAGACCUGGAAACAAUACUUUAGGUCGCACCAGUCAGAUUUAUCUCGCAUCUGAUUACAUAAAACCUUCAGGGCAUUCAUCAGCAGAUGAUAGUCAUCGAAGUGUUGAUAAUUCUGAUCGUAAUCUAAAGCAAAUAUUGGACGCUAUUGGCAACAUGACAAAAGAUGUAGAUGAAAUAAAGCUUACUUUAAAGCAAAUGAAUAUAGAUAAGAAGUGGGCCGCCAAAGACAGUUUCAUGGAAACAAAAUAUUCAACAAACCGGACACUUAAGUCUACCUCACUGCUGACUAUAUUUUCAACAUGGAGUAGAAAUGAAGACAAAUCUAACAUUUACAACAACACGCUGAAAAACUGGGCCAGUUUCAAGCCAGUUCUAAAUCCCGUUUUAUUCACUAACGACUCGGUCUUAGCGAAAGAUGCUGCAAAAGCCGGAUGGACGGUUACGCCUUUAACAAAGACAGCAGACAAUGGAUUACCGGUGCUGAAGUAUAUGUACAUUAAUGUAAUAAAGAACUUUGAUUCAACAUUUUAUUGUUAUGCAAAUUCUGAUAUCCUGUUUGACGACGGGCUGGUACAGACACUUGUUCACCUUGUCUACAAGUUAGACAAUGAUAUUUUAUCAUCUACACCAGUGUUUCUGACAGGACUGAGGUGGAACGUUAUUAAUGUGUUAGGAAAUGAAAUAUCACCAAGACAGAACUUAAAAGCACUGAUCAAAAGUAGAGGAAAAGUGUUUGUAACCUCUGCCGAGGAUUAUUUCAUUACAAAUAAGAUAUAUCCGUGGCAAGAUAUUCCUGAAAUAGUCGUUGGAUCAAUUGCUUACGACAACUGGUUGGUUUAUAAUGCACGAGACAAGAAACAUCUGACGAUAAAUACAUCUAGGACUAUUGCAGCGCUCCACCAGAGUUUAGACGAAAAUAAUCACAGAUCACACGUGCGUGAUACAGUCAAUCACAAUGCCAAUUUACUUAUGGAUAUUUAUAAAAUCAAUCUUCCAUAUCAUAGAGGAUUUAUUGAAUGUAUUGAAAAGUUCACGGACUUUGUGAAUGACACUUUUGUCCUAGGUGAUAGAAUGGUCAGCCAGUAUUGCAACUGA